AUGAUGCGCUCCCGCGGCCUCAUCGGCAGCGUCCCCGACGCGCCGAUGGUCGUCUUCGACAUCGCUAAGACAGGUGAGCUGACGCUGCUCGGCUUGCUCGGCCAGGUCCCCCGCGACUUUGUGACCAGGUGGCAGGGGCUGGCGAAGGCGGCGACUUCCACGCCACAGGAGAGGCGCCUGCUCUACAUGGGAAGGGUCACGCAGGGGGGCAACUGGGCGGCUAGGGUUUCUGUUUUGUGCCUCAAGGCGAUCUUCCAGGAGAUGGACGUCAUCAUCGGCUCGCACACGACUUACAGCUUGAAGGGUGCCGUCUUGAUUGACAUUACCCGGCCGGCGGCGGCAACCAAGGUGCAGGAGCUGCUCGAGGACGCGGUCUUGGUGUCGCCCAGGCGCCUCCUAGCCCGCACGACGGCCUCUGGAAUGCAAUGGCGUGCGGCGGUGGACAGCGCUUUCGAGGACAACGACGGCGCCUACGUCGAGAGGGUGCGCUACCGACCGUCGUCUGGUGGCGGGGUGCUUGCGAUGGUGCGGGCAUUGGCGGAGACGAAAGCCAUCAGGCGCAAUGCCCACCGUGCGCCCGAUGGGCGCGAAUUUCAAGUGGUGAUCCGCUUCAGCGGCGAGCUCAUUGGAGGACGAUUCUCCGAGGUGCACGCCUUCAUGGCGUUGGCGCGGAGGCUGCUCGACAUCCCCUCCAACCGCAGGCUGUAG